AUGGAGGAUGGAGCAUGCAUCCUCACUCAUCAGGUAUUUAUCACAAACCCAAACUACUGUGGACCAGACGACGAAAGUCCACAAACCAGGGUCCAGCAAAUGCAGAUGUUGGAUGAAGGGGACAUGGUGUUUAUCUACUGUAAUACGGAUUUCCUUUUCUCUUGUAGUGGAUUCCUCAGGCUAUUUCAAGUGCUGCUUUCUCUCUGCUGUUUUCUGGCAAUAGUGACCUGCUCAGGUAUUGACGGGGGUGAUUUUCUGUCCCUACCUCAGAACUGGCAUGUGCGAGUCCUGCUUUUUGUGAUAAUGUGGUCCUCUCUCAGUAGCCUUGCUUUAUGGGGGAUCAAAGUCACAGGGUCAGACCAAAUGCUUCCAGUCAACUGGUGGCUCUUGGAUUUCUUACUAUAUUCCAUGUUUUCACUCUCAUAUCUUAUCUCCACAUCUAUUGUUGCCAAUUAUGUUGAACAUUUAAAAUUGAUGGAAGAAAACUUGCCAGAAGAUUUGUCCACAAAGUUCAUUAUCUCAAUAAUUAUAGGAUACAUCUGUGUCCUGGUUUAUGGACUGUCAGCAUUUGUUGGAUACAGAAGAUGGAGAAUACAGCGCCAUCUAUUCAGGAGGAGACAACUACUGGAAUCAGAAGACUUCAUGGAAGUUCUAUAAAUGGAUAUGUAUGCUUUAUGAUAUAUUUGUGUAAUGGUUUGGGCCAUGGAUAUAUCAGCCCGGUUAGCUCAGUCUGACUCUGUAGAGCACCUGACUAGUGAUGCAAGGGCUCAGGUUUGAUCCUGGUCCAGCCAUAUAUUUUCUCCUUCCAUUACAUUUGCUUAUAUAGAUGACCAAUGUUUCAGGCAAGGGAUUUUAACAAAUUAAUGAUUGAUACAUACACUGUAACAAGUUAAAAAUUUUCAACCUCUUUCAUGAAAAAGAAAACUGAAUAUACAUAUGUUUGGUAGAGAUGUUAGGGUAAAAUGUCAAGAAAUAAUUUUUUCUUUUUAUAAAAAUAAUUUCUAGUAACAAGGGUAUUUUUUUUCAAUCUCAAAAAAAAGCAUCACUACUUGGUAUUAGAGUCAUCGCCAUAAAAUGGAUUUAAGGAAAAAUUCCAUACUGAAUUAAUCCAAUGUCAUAAAUACAUGUACAUGUAUCUCAAUACCAAGUAUUCUCAUUACAUUUGAACCUAUAAGUUUAUGAAUGUUGACAGCUUGUUACUUUUAGAUGGAAAAUACAUGUACAUUGUACUGCUCUGUUGUGUACUUUCUGAAUAUUUAAGGUGCUUCUUGGAGGAGUAACCACCCCCUGUUGACAGGAUAAUUGGUGCUUUGUGAAUUAUUUAAUAAAGCAAACAGCUAAGAUAUAUUUAUGCUAUUAGUAUAAUUUUUGGAAUUUUCCGAUUUUCAAGGUUUUUGUAAAAGUAGCAGGUAAAAUAACAUUACCUUCUAAUAAUGGUCAAGUCAGUCUGAUCCUUCCCACAAAAUAGGUUUCUCAGGUGCAUUAGUGUAGCUUUUCUCUUCCAUUUUUGAAAGUACAAACCAGUAGCUCAAGUUUGAAUUAAUUUUUCAUUAAGCUUCACUGCAGACUUGCCUGUGACUUCUUAUUCACAUUUAUUUAAUAAAAAUUGUAAAAUAAAAGGA